ACACACCCACAAAAUCCCUUUAAUUCAAAAGUUCAUAUUUAAAAUCAUUUUUUUCCUCCCCCAACCUCCGCCUCCUUGUCUUUUUCUCUUUUCUUUUCCUCCUCCUGCAUUGUCCUGUCAAAACCCUAUAUUUCAUUUCAUACCUAGGGUUUUAAUUUUCCUAGCGUGUUGAGUCAUGAUCCAGGACCCGCCAGCUUGUUGGGUAUGAGUUCCUGUAGCUCUGUGAGCUUCUGAUUUUCCUACAUUUUUUCUUCCUAAGUUCUGCUUCUGGUUUCUGGGGUGUAACCGUUUCAGCUUAUACCAUCACUUUCUUUCUGUUUUCUGGGGGUAAAGAUCGAAAAUUUUGCUCGGUUCUUACACUUUCCCCAUUUCAAGAAAAACCCUUGUAAAACUCAUUUGGAAAAAAUUUAGAAUCUACAAUUGGUUCUAAUUUGAAGAUUUAGGGUUGGUUGGGUUCUGUUUCCCUUUCUUAUUUUUCGUUCCUUUUUAAGGAAUCUCAAGUUUAUUUAAGUGUUUCAGAUUCAAAGGGGUUUAAAGCCACAAUCUUUAGUCAGCAAAAUAUAAGCGUGUUUAACGCACCAAUCAGUAAAUGCAUGGAUGGGAGAGAAGCCAUGGCCUUGUCUAGUGGGUCAGCUUCUUAUUACAUACAUAGAGGUGGAGUUGGUGGUGUGUCUGAAACGCAGUCUGGAGUGUUACAAGCACCACCUGGGUUCAGAGCCGUGUUGAAUCAGGGUAUUCCCGCUCAGCCCAAUAUCCGGGGCAGCUCGGUUGGACAGGCAUUUUCAGUGGAGCGGCCACAUGCCAAUUUCACUCAUGGCAUUAGCAUAGGAGUCUCUCCUGGAGUUCAUUCAGGUGAGCCUGUAAAGAAGAAGAGAGGGAGGCCCAGGAAAUACGGUCCUGAUGGCUCAGUCUCUCUGCGACUGUCUUCUAUGUCCGCUUCUCCUACUACACCAGGUUCGAACGCGCUGACCCAGAAGCGGGCUAGGGGGCGGCCACCUGGGAGUGGGAGAAAGCAGCAACUAGCCACUCUUGGUGAAUGGAUGAACAGUUCAGCUGGAGUGGCUUUUGCACCGCAUGUUAUCACCAUUGGUGUUGGGGAGGACAUUGUCGCAAAAAUAUUAUCAUUUUCACAACAGAGGCCAAGGGCUGUGUGCAUCUUGUCAGGCAGUGGUACAGUUUCUUCAGUAACGCUACGUCAACCUGCAUCCACUGAUGUCAGUGUCAGAUAUGAGGGCCAUUUCCAGAUACUAUGCUUGUCUGGUUCUUUCUUGGUUGCUGAAGAUGGUGGCCCACGCAAUCGGACAGGUGGUAUAAGUGUUUCCAUUUCCAGUCAUGAUGGUCUUGUUAUUGGUGGUUCUGUUGCAAUGCUUAUUGCAGCAACCCCAGUUCAGGUGGUAGUGUGCAGUUUUGUGUAUGGCGAUUCUAAGACCAAGACCAAACAAGUGGCUGAUCCCAAUCAGGGUUCGGAGGCUCAGCGCCGCGAUAAGUUAGCCACACCAACUAGUGCCAUGCCUACUCAAAAUUAUGCACCCCCUGUGACAGGCAUGUGGCCCAGUUCUCGCCCAGUUGAAAUGCGAAACCAGCAUACUGGUAUUGACUUGACGCGUGGAUGAACAUUUGUUGCAGCAGACACAUGGAAAAUUUUGUAUAUAUGUGUUGUUGUACAUGAAUUGAAUCUGAGAGAAUAUGUAACUUGUUUGCCGGACUGUAGGGUGGACGGGUUUGUGCUAACAUGUUCUGUAACAAAGGCAUCAUUUCAAGAUUCUCGGGAAGCAAUCUUACUGAUAAGUUGAUUAUA